AAAAAAAAAAAAAAAGAAAGUUGAUUUGUUGUUUGUUUUGGAUAAUACGAUGCGUCUCCUAUCUUUUAAAGCGUCCACGCUAUAUUAGUGUAAUUUGAGAAAAAAAUAGAUGCAACGUGUUGGAUGUGGUGAAAUCAGAGCAGAUAAUUUGUUCGUAAAAAGAGGGGGGAGAGAAGCAGGGAAGAGAGAGAAUGGUUAAACUGUUUAUGAGUAUGAGAACAUCACGUCGGAGAAGAAUAAGAGCGUUCAAGUGAAGAGGAAGAGAUUGAGAGUCUGAAGGUAUAUAAAACGUUGUGAAGAGUGUGAAGAGUGUAAAGAGUGUGAACGAGGGAAUGGAAAGGGGGGAAAGAGAAUACACGAUUGGGAAUGAGAGUGCUGAUAGCGAUUGAUGUUCCUGAGCCGAGGUGUGCAAAACUGAGACAGAAGGAAUGGUUGUCCCUGAAUUACACGCGAUCAGAAAAACUAUUUGGCCUCCUCUCCUCUCACUCUUAUGCAGCUCCUCCUCCCCAACGUGCUUCGACUCAGCUACUCAUUGAUGUGCAGCAAUAUUGUACAGCAGGAUCUAGCGUGCUUCCUCUGUGCUCUUACAAUCAGCGUCAUAUGUUAAAUAUGCCCUGCUUUGGUCCCAGUUCGGCUCUCAUCUUAUUCUUUCUCCCCUGCAUGUAUCCCUUACCCUCUACCCCAGCUCCAAUUCCAGCUCCAAUCCCUAUGCUAUUACCAAACCUAAUCUCAGUCCCGAUCAUAACCACAAUCCUAGUCCUAGUUCCCAGUUCUAACCAUAGGUUCAUUUCUUCCUCAACACCACCUUCGAGUUCUGUACAAAUUGUAAGUCAACAACUGACUAUUGGAUUGGCAGAGAUGAAAUUGUCACCAUCUCGUUACUGGUAA